AUGGCUUUAAAAUCUAGUAGAUGCUCAGAUGAAAGCUAUAUAGAACCUGUCCUAUGUUGGAAGAAGGAAUUCAGAUCUUCUGUGAUUAAAAUUGUUGAUUCGUCCUUGAACUCGAGUUUGAUGCCCGUCGAGAGUAUUUGUUCAAUUCCUGCUUCAGAAGAUGGUUUCUAUCUGAAUAAACGAAGGAAGAUGGAUGAGGAAUGUGAUCACCUAACAAAUGGAAAUAUGAGAGAUGGUAGUACGACAAACUUCACAACCACUGGAUAUAUCUCAUCUCCAGAGCACAACACGGAUGGCCAAUCAUUUAUGGUUAAUUCAAGUGCAGAAUUUUCAGCAGGAUCACGAGCAUUUCAUUUAUUGUGUUGCAAUCCACGUGUCAAGAAAAUACCAGAGGAAGAGUGGUAUUGUUUGGCCUGUAAAAAAAAGAAACCUAAGAGACAACGUGGAAAGUUGACAAAUCCCAAAGUUAAAUCAUCCAAGGACAUUGAAAGACCUCAUCGAGGUCUUGGUCCUAUUCGAGAUAUGUUAGUGGAUUCUGAAUCAUAUGAAAGUGACGUGAGGAUUGGUAGUAAGUUUCAAGCAGAAGUUCCAGAAUGGUCUGGUCCUAUUUCCAGUAGAGAAGAUCAGUUUGCUGAGCCCACUGAACUUGAUCCUAGUAAAACGACAAUGUUGGGUUACUUAGAACAGUUUGAGGAUAAGAAAACCACUAUCGGUAACUGGAUCCAGUGCCGGGAAGUUCUAGACACAGGAGUUGUUUGUGGCAAAUGGCGGAGGGCACCAUUGUUUGUUGUUCAAUCAAGCGACUGGGACUGUUCGUGUUCAGUUGUUUGGGAUCCUUUCCAUGCUGAUUGUGCUGUUCGCAGGAAUUGGAGACCGCUGAAGUUCGCAAGCAACUGA